AUGGCGAAACCUGGGUCGCCUAUCUUCAAAUGCUCGCGGAGGCAUGAGGUUGUUUAUGGGGAUGUUUAUAUGUUGGAUGAUGAGAUGAAGUGGAAAGUGUUAUCCCCUUUGCCCAAACCCAACUCCCACAUAGAAUCCUCAUGGGUUAUUUUAAAUAAUUCCAUUAUUAUCAUGGGAGGAACGACAGAAAAGCACCCAAUGACAAAAAGGAUGAUCUUAGUUGGAGAGAUGUUCCAAUUUCAUUUGGACUCACUAAAAUGGUCUGUUAUCGGAAAGCUUCCAUAUCGAGUGAAAACGACACUGGCUGGUUUUUGGGACGGCUAUAUUUAUUUCACAUCCGGACAGCGUGACAGAGGACCUGAUAAUCCACAGCCGAGGAAAGUCAUCGGAGAGAUGUGGAGAACAAAGUUAAGCUUGUGA